CUUGACCAUGUUUUGACAAGAUUUUCUUUCUCUUUGAUAGGAACAACUUCCAGUUCCAGGUUCCAAAACAGGUGAAGUCGAGAAGUUGGACUUUGUAUGCAACUCUACUCAUUCACUCUUUCAGUUGAAUCAAAGAAGCAUAGAUUCAACAUGUCCCUCACUUUAAGGCUCAGUCCCUUCCUUUCUCCACCACAAAACCAUCUGAAAUUCACAUUCAGACCCCACCCAUCCAAACCCACAGUUCUUUCACCAAAAAAAUUCACUUCUCCGCCUACAAUAAAGUGUGUCCGGGGGAACUCUGAACAUCUUCCUCUCACUCCAGCAAAACCCAGAUUGGAAAACGUGUUAUCUACCGCUGCAAGCUUGUACCCUCUGUAUGUGACAGUUGGUGGCAUUGUGGCUUGCUUGCAACCGUCGACUUUUUCAUGGUUUGUUAAGAGAGGACCUGGUUCAUAUAGCUUGACACUUGGGCUAAUUAUGUUGGCUAUGGGUCUCACUUUGGAACUCAAGGACUUGCUCAAUUUGUUCAUCCAAAGGCCUCUUUCUAUUCUGUUUGGAUGUGUUGCUCAGUACACAAUUAUGCCAACUUUUGGGAUGGUUAUUAGCAAGACUCUGGGGCUUUCACCAUCUCUUUCUGUUGGUUUGAUUUUACUUGCUUGUUGCCCUGGAGGUGCUGCAUCAAAUGUGGUGACCUUAAUUGCUCGAGGGGAUGUUCCACUAUCAACUGUACUGACUGUUUGCACGACUCUUGGAGCAGUGAUUGCCACUCCUCUUUUGACUAUGAUUCUGGCAGGGACUUAUGUUCCUGUGGAUGCUGUUGGACUUUCCAUCAGUACCCUGCAGGUGGUGGUUGCUCCGGUUCUGCUAGGUUCUUAUAUACAGAGCUCAUUUCCUGUGGUGGUGAAAAUUGUUACACCAUUUGCCCCAUUAUUUGCUGUUUUAGCUUCAUCACUACUUGCAUGCAGUGUUUUCUCAGAAAAUGUUGUUCGUCUUAAGUCCUCAAUGGUUAAUGCAACAUUGGCUUCUGAUGCCACUUCAAUCGAUCGCCUCCAAUCAAUAUUAUCUGGAGAGCUUGGUGCUGUAAUACUUUCUGUGCUGUUAUUACAUUUUGCUGGUUUCCUUGUGGGGUAUUUAUCAGCAGCAAUAUGUAGAUUCAGAGAACCAGAGCGGCGAGCAAUUUCAAUUGAGGUUGGCAUGCAAAAUUCUGCCUUGGGUGUGGUAUUGGCAACAUCCCAUUUCACCUCUCCAGUGGUAGCAUUGCCCCCUGCCAUGUCCGCGGUGAUUAUGAAUAUAAUGGGAAGCAGUUUGGGCUUCUUUUGGAGACAUAUUAAUCCUUCUGAUCCAGGGACUAGUCAGGAACUUGAUGAAAAGUGAAGACGAACCCCACUUAUUCUCUUUUUGUGUAUCACCUGGGGAAGCUUCAUUCAUUGGAGUUUAGCCACUUGAUCUGGUAAGCAUUUUAAUAUCGCAAAAACAGUCUUUUGAUACAUCUUACUCAAAACUCUGUACCUCUUUUGUUGGAUAAGAUGAUGAAAUCCCGUUGAAUUUUUAAGAUAGAUAUCUAUAUUUAAGUUUGCAGAAUA